CGCCACCGACUAUAUCACAUCUCGACAUGCCGGUAGGUAUUGAGGCCUGGGUCACCCAAAUACCACCAAUCACGAGAGGGUGGCUUGUGCUGUCUGUGUUAAUGAGCCUGGCGGUGCAAUGCCAAUUAGUAACCCCGUUGCAGCUUUACUUCAGUUUCAAGGCGGCCUUCACGAAUGCACAACCAUGGCGAGCAUUGACCACAUUCUUCUACUUCGGCACAAUCUCGCUGGACUUCGUGUUCCACAUGUUCUUCUUCAUGAGAUACAGUCGAAUGUUGGAGGAAUCAUCAUUUGCUAACCGGAAGGCAGAUUACUUCUGGCUGUUAUUCCUCUCCUCUCUGAUGCUCCUGGCUCUCUCACCACUCGUGAACCUGCCAUUCCUCUCUUCGCCGCUGGCUUUCGUCCCCAUCUACCUGUGGUCUCGGCGCCACCCCAAUACACCAAUAUCGCUAUUCGGUCUCAUCACGAUCACCGCUCCAUACUUGCCUCUGGCUCUUGUUGGGCUCGCAUGGAUGUUGAAUGGCACCUGGCGAGCAGCGGCUGGUGACCUCAUGGGGUGUGCGGUGGGCCACAUUGGGUGGUUCGUCAGGGACGUGUGGACGCGGGAGAUGAUCGGCGGCCCAACAAUACUGAGCGACGCUCCUGACACACUAAAACGUCUGUUCGGGGAUAUUUAACGUAAAAGGAUCCGUGUAUGUAUUAUUGGUACUCAGUAGCAUUACCCUGCGUUAUAGACUAUGAUGUUCCCACACG